AAAAAACGCAAACAACUCAAAAAAAGGUCAUUCAAAAAUCCAAUAAUUAGUUUAUUGAAUAUUUAGAUUGUCUAUAAUUUAAACUUAAACAUUUCAUUGCUAGAGUUGUUUGUUAACUAAAGUAAAAAUUACAAAUCUAGAGAAGCCCCGAUGUCUGAAAUUUUCGAUGAGUGGGAAGAGUUGACCACUGAUUUCAAAGAACUGGAGGUGGUUAAUAGGAAUUACCUCAAACAUUUGGAAGAACUAUCGAGUCAUCAGAAAAAAUGCCAGGAACACAUAAAGCAUCAGCGUUAUCGAAUAGGGAUUCUAUCAAAAAAACUAAACAAAUUAGCCAAAACCAAAGAAAACUUAGAGCAGAUAAAGGAAUUGCAAAGUAACAUCCUGAAAAGAAAAGCUCAACUUCAUGAAGUCGAGCAAACUUUACCAAAAGAAAAUGGCUUAUAUUUGAAAAUUAUUUUAGGCAAUGUGAAUGUUUCGAUUCUGAAUAAAGAAGACAAAUUCAAAUACAAAGAUGAAUAUGAAAAAUUCAAGCUGAUUCUGAGUUGUAUUGGUUUUUCCAUGGCCGUUUUUAACUACUUUGUGAGAUUUAGAGCUCUAGAAUUAAGCUAUAUUUUUCUAUUAGUAUGGUACUAUUGCACAUUAACAAUUAGAGAGAGUAUCCUCAAAUUAAAUGGGUCUAGGAUAAAGGGUUGGUGGCGAUUUCAUCAUUUCUUCUCUACAGCUGCUGCAGGAAUUUUACUUAUUUGGCCCGAUAAUGAUACAUGGCUUGGUUUCAGGAAUCAAUUUAUGUUAUUUAAUGUUUAUUUGAGUGUUGUUCAAUAUUUGCAAUUUAGGUAUCAAAGAGGUGUUUUGUAUAGGCUAAAAGCUUUAGGAGAAAGGCACAAUAUGGAUAUAACAAUAGAAGGCUUCCAUUCUUGGAUGUGGCGAGGAUUGAGCUUCCUUUAUCCAUUUUUGUUUGGUGGUUACAUUUUCACAUUGUAUAAUGCAUAUGUUUUGUAUGAAUUAAGCUUUUAUCCCAGUGCUACUUGGCAUGUGCCAGUUUUGUGUGCUAUGUUUUUAAUUUUAUUUUUGGGAAAUACUCUUACAACUAUAAUGGUUAUACCAAUUAAAAUUCACGAAAAAGUGAAGCUACAGUAUAGAAUUAUGGUUAUGGGUCAAAGGUUGAGCACCCAGCUUCUAAACAGAGAAAUAGAGGAAAAUGAAAUAUCUGAGGAGGUCAAAAAAACAGAGUAACAACCACAAAAAUAAUUUAUAUUUUAAGCGUAAUAGUCGAGAUUGAAAUUAAUUAUUAUUCAAUAAUUAUUGUACCAAAGUCUCUUUAUAAUAUAUUUUUCAGGUCAAUGAUAGAUUUUUUUUUUGUAAUUAUAGCCUUGUAAAAGAUAUACCUAAUAUAUUACCUAAUUUAGGUGUGUCAAUUAUUAUACUUAUUUAUUUUAUUUCAAAGGAACAACUAAAUAAUAUAUAAUACAUUAUUAUAAUAGCUAAUAUGUACUUAUUAUUUUAAUUCGUCAUAAAAAACAGUCACGUUUGUCUUUUUAGUGUCCUCUUCUUGCAGCAAUUGGACAGCUACGAUCAAAUAAGUAGCUAUUGAUGACAAAACCUGAAAAAUUAAUAGAUAUUUAUUUUAUAUUAGGUCUGUUUCUGCAGAAAUCACAAACCAAUCCGAGCGAAUUUCAUUGGUUGAAAACAGUCAGAAAACUAGUUUCAACCAAUGAAUUGACUUAUGAUUUCUGUAUAGCAUUUACAAUGAAUAACAUAUUUCUGCAGAUAAUAAAGGUUUUAGUAGAAAAAAUUACAUUUUAGUUUUUAUAUUUAAAAUUCGCGCCAAAACGCUUCUCAUUAGCCAAUUUUAAGCGAAUAACCACAAUUUUGUGGUUUUAACCGCGGUUACGCUUUGGUUCAAGAUGACAAAUCACUUGAUGACGUCAUUUCAUUGUAUUCGCUUAAACGCGUUUGGUAUUAACCGCGGUUACCCCUGUUGUGUUAUUGCUAUUUGUUUAUAUUUUGAAUUUUGAUUUCAUGCUGGCCGGAAAAUGGAAAAGAGGAGAGAAUUUGCCUUUUUAUUUGGAGAUGUGGUUUUUUGGAAGACAGUGCAGAAAUAAUUGAUUUGUUAGGAAAUCUACCAAUUUGUUGCAUUUUUUUUUUUUAAAAAAAAAAGGAAAGACAUGAGACCGAAAUCAAUUGAAACAUAUAAUACUUGCCAUUAAAAAGUAUAUUAGCUGUUUCUAAGGGCCGCUUUUUCAAUGUAUCCUUAAAAUCAAGAUUUACCAAAGGUAUCCUUAACGUUAAGGUGAACUUGAAAUCAGUUCAUUCAGGUUUAAGAUCCACCUUGAAUUAGGGGAAUUUUGAUAUAUACGGUGAAACUUGUAUUAAAGAUGACUUAACGUUAUUUUGUACCUUAAGGUGACAUUGAAAUACCGACCUUUAGUCUCCAACCUCUGUAUUUGGUAAUCCGCACCUUCAUGAUUUAUGCUUAGGGAAAAAGAAUCUGAAAUAUCCAUAAUUUCUGGCCCUUUUUUUACUUCAUAAUACCAAACAAACUGCUAAAAAAAAAACAACUUGCUAAAAACCCGCCAAAAAUGUAAUGUCAACAAUUCAAAUAAUAACCGCAAAAUAAAAACCACUCCCGAGCUGGGUUAA